AUGACGCUGAGCAAAGUGCAUAGGAUUCUGGCUUUCGAUCAGUCGCCUUGGAUGAAAGAUUUCGUCAGCUUCUGCACGGAGCAGAGGAAGGCCGCGGCAAACAAUCCCUUCGAAUCUGACUUUUGGAAAAAAGCGAUUAAUUCUUGCUACGGGAAAUUCCUCCAAGACAAAACAAAGCACAUCAAUAUGAGUCUAGUGUCGGACAAGAGAAAAUUCCUAACAAAAACGAGCAAACCGAAUUUUAAGUCAGUUACCAUUUACAAUAGGAAACUGGUAGGCAUACAAAUGAAACCCCGCAGCAUACUUCUGGAUCGUCCCAUCACAGCGGGAAUGGUAUGUCUCGAAACAAGCAAAAUCAAAUUGUACAAAAUGCACUAUGACUUCAUUAAGCCAUUGUACGGGGACCGGUGCCACCUGUUGAUGACGGACACGGAUAGCCUGCUGUAUUUCUUGGAAGAAUAUGAGGGGAACGUGGACGAGGACUUCUUCGCGAACCGACGCUAUUUCGAUCUGUCUAAUUAUCCGAAAGACUCGCCCUACUUCUGCGAAACGAACAAAAAAGUUCGAGGUACUUUCAAGCGAGAGGAUGCGUGCGAUCCCAUUUUGGACUUUGUUGGUUUGCGUGCCAAAAUGUACAGCACAAGACAUCGGUCGGAGGCAGUCACCAGCAAGGCCAAGGGUUUGCCCAGAUGCAUUAUGCAAAGCAUUGGCUUUGAGCAGUACGAAGAUGCGCUAUACAUGAACACAUCUUCACAAGCGGCACCCAGUACGUGUAAUUUUAAAUCGAUUAGGUCGAAAAAACUAAAGCUUUAUACAUUAACGCAAGAGAAAAAAGCUUUGUCACCAUUGGACACGAAACGCUGGCUGUGCGAAGAUAACAUUCACACAUUCGCCUUUGGACACUACCGCAUCAAAAACGAGUAA